CAAACAAAAAGCAACAUCAACAAACGAAAAAAAAAAUAAUACUCAGUCAUCAUGUCUAGACACCUUUGUUUCAUUGGCUUUGUGCAAUUUGCCAUCCUUGCCAUUGUUCUAGCAGCUAAUACUGUCAGCUCCGAUGAUACCACGCCAAUCCCAGAGGCUGCAUCUGGAAUCGCAGGUUGGUUCUCUGCUAAUGUUAAGCCCCUUGCAGACCGUAAGGGUACCUUAGACCCUGCCCUUGAAGCUGCUGAAGCUAACCCUAAAACUAUUAAGGUUAGACUAGAUGGAAGUGGAGAAUUUAAAACUAUUGCCGAUGCUGUUAAGAGUAUCCCAUCAGGAAACACUCAACGUGUGAUUGUGGAUAUUGGACCUGGAACUUAUAACGAGAAAAUCACCAUAGAAAGAGAUAAACCUUUUGUUACAUUUCUUGGACCAUCCAACAUGGCUACGAUAGCAUUUGGGGGUACUGCUCAUGAAUACGGAACUGUUUAUAGUGCUACAUUACAAGUGGAAUCUGAAUACUUUAUUGCAGCUAAUCUCAUUAUUCAGAACACUGCACCCAGACCUGAUGGAAAAACACCUGGAGCCCAAGCACUUGCUGUAAGAACCGGUGGCAGUAAAGCGGCUUUCUACAAAGUCAAAAUGUUGGGAUUUCAAGACACCUUAUGUGAUGAUAAAGGAUUUCAUUUCUUCAAAGAUUGCUAUAUUGAGGGCACUGUUGAUUUCAUUUUCGGGAGUGGAAAGUCCAUUUAUCUAAAUACAGAGAUAAAUGUAUUAACAGAUGCAGAACCAACAGUAAUAACAGCACAAGCAAGGCAAGGUUCAGAAGAUACUGGCUUUUCAUUUGUACAUUGUAGUAUAGGAGGAACAGGAACUGGAGCCCACUUAGGCCGAGCGUGGAUGGAAGCCCCAAGGGUAGUGUUUGCCUAUACUGCUAUGACCGGGGUUGUCAAUCCUGAAGGAUGGUCUAGUAAUAACCAUCCCGAGAGAGAAGCCAAGGUUGUGUUUGGAGAAUACAAAAACACAGGACCAGGUGCUGCUCCAGAUGGACGUGUUAAAUACAGCAAACAACUAACUGAUGCAGAAAUUGCACCAUUCCUUUCUCUUGGCUUUAUCGAGGGUUCCAAAUGGCUGCUUCCUCCUCCAUAGAUGUAAAGAGUUUAUUCAUAGAACAUAGAAAUAUUUAUAUAUAUUUAUGUGAGGGGAAUGGGACAUGCAGUUGUCUAUGCUCGUCUCAUGCGAAAUUUUGCCUCUUUUCGUUCCUUUGUAAGCUAUAAACCAGAAUAUUAUAUCAAGAUCUGGUGCUGAUAUUUAUUUUCUUGAGAAUGAAAGUAAAGUAAUGCAUUUUUGGUAUUGGUAA